AUGAACGGAGAAGACUCAGGGGAUGAGAACUCCCUGAAAGGCUUCUACGCAUACAAGAACACCUUCGACGAUGAUGCCAUCUGGAUGGAUAUUCCCAAGCAUGUAACCUUCAUCAACACCACAAACCCGUACCUUGACCCCGGUACACCCGAAUUCGACACCAUGUCGACAGCUUCGAUGGAUUCGCCGGGACCAUUUGAGACUCGCUCCUUGCCUUCAUGGCGCACACACAGCAACUUCCAUUCAGUUACCAGCACACCAUCGAGCAUGGGGCCCGAGAUGCCUCCUACCAGCGUUCCUUUCUGUUACACUCCUGACCUAGAAGCGUUACCACCACUCAUGCAAUCACCUCCAGCCUCAGUUGUAGGAACUCCCCUUUCACCUCCUCUAUCAUUAUGCAAUCGACGCAUACAUCCCGUGAUGGACUUUACUGCUUCUACAGCCUCGCCGCCAAUAGAUCCCCGUCUCAACUCGCCAUAUGACACUGCCGACCACAUGCAUCGCUCUGUGUCAAUAUGCAGCUCACGACGCUCACCGCCCCGGUCGGACGCCGGUAUGCCUACUCAGGACGAUCACGAGAUUGCUUUCCUCCUACGAUGGUUCUCAGAAGGUCCUGGCUACUGGAUGGACCUGUACGAUCUCGGUACUUACUUCGCAUCUUAUGUCCCCGUACAGGCGCGUGAGAACCCACUACUGAAAUACGCCGCUGUUGCCUGUGCUGCGAAGUCCCUUGCACGUGUUCAAGGCCGUAAACCUGUCAUGGGAGGCAGUGUGACACGUCAAGCUCGGAUGGAACAGUACCCGGAGGCAUCAUUAGUCGACUGGAAGCACAAAGCAGCGGUAUACUACGACACGGCUGUAUCAUUGUUGCUGCACGCUCUCAAAAUGGAUGUCGCCUCCUCUCCCGAUGAAUCAGAAUGCGAACUAAGGCACUCUAACUCGGCCUACGAUGGACCAGCACCCAAACGACGACGGACUUCAAGCAACACUUCGUUCGUAUCAAACACCGAUGAACUGCUGGCAGCCUCGGCUAUUCUCUGUGUCUACGAGUUCCUAGACACUUCUGUUUCGGAUUGGUCGAAGCAUCUCAAUGGCGCAAAGUCUCUCCUUGCACUUUCACAAGAGGAUGUUAUGCCAUUGCAACUACCAACGCCCACAUCAUCUGUGCCAUCCGCAAGCUUCAACUUCACCUCAAAAGCUCGACGAGCAACCUUCUGGAACAUUGCCAGACAAGAUAUGCUCGCAGCCUUCAUCAACAAGACAAACACAAGACUGGAUACCGAGGACCUCUCAUUAUGGAGAGAAUCUGGACUCAAGAUUGAUGACCAAGGUUAUAUUAUGCCCAGUAACACGACAGCAUGCGGUUUCUCUGAAGACAACGACACCGUGAUGAGGGAAGAUCUCAUCUGUAAUGCUCUUGUCUGGCUCAUGGCCAAGCUAGUCAACUUCAUGGCUGCAGGCGAUGAAGUGUCCACCGAAGCCGGUAUGACAUGGGCCGGUGUUCCUCAGCGAACCCUUCUGGACUACUGGUUCAGUCUACGAAAGCAGUUCCAGGUCUGGCACGAUGGCCUCCCGGUCACAUUCAAACCUUCUGCCAGGGUUCCCUCGCAAGCAUCCGGGCCGAUGUCCGCCAACGAUAACGCGUUCAUGUUUACUGAGGUCUGGUACUCCAUUCCCAUGUGCGCCUCCACCAUGCAGACGUACCACAUGUCUCAAAUUCUCUUGUUCAUGAAUAAGCCACACGAGUCCACUCAGGGGCGCAGCACUGUCGUCGCCCGAAUGAACUCUUACCAGUCCGUUCUGGCCACCUGCCAAAAGCACAGCCGCGAAAUUGUUGGCAUUUCGCUCGCUCGGUCUGACGAGGCGGUCCGGAUCCACUCUGUGCAACCCCUGUUCACUGCUGGUCAGUGCCUCAGUGACGCUCGGGAACGCCAAGUCGUGUUGCAUCUUCUACGCGACAUUGAGUCCGAUAUUGGUUGGGCCACGGACUACCGAGUGCGCCAACUCUUCGAGCAGUGGCAAGGUGAAGAAUCAGAGGGUCUGGUACCAUGA